CAUGAGAUAGAGAUAGAGAGGCAUAAUGUGCAUUUGAUUUGCUUCCCUCCUCUGAAGUCUAUUCUAUCAUUAUAUGAUAUGAUAUGGCAGCAGUUCUUCUAUCCUUCUUCUCACCUCGAAAUGUCGCCGCCACUGCAUCAUCAUCUUCUUCAUUGCCAUCCACCACCGCCACCACCACCACCUCCUCCGACGCUCUUCUCCAGAAAUUCGGCCGGAAAGGCAUCAACUUCUCAGACUCAACAGUGGAGCUCACCGUCCGGAAUGGCAGCUCCCUCAAGCUCCACAUACCCACCGCCCACGUCUCUUCCUACAAACCCAAAGUCUACUGGAAGGACGACGGCUUCGAGGAGGUCCUCUACACAAUCCCACCCUCCGAAUCACAACCUUCUCGAGGCGGCAUCGCCUUCGUCGUCAAUGAUUCCGACGAUUCUUCCAACCGCCGCUCUCCUCCUCAAUGGACUGUCAAAGACGUCGACUCCGACUCAAUCGAUGCUCUCCAGGUCGAAUUGAGCUGCACGAUGGGGAAUCUGGAAAUGGCGUACGUGGUGUCGCUGUACCCUGUGAGCACAACAGCAGCAGUGAUAAUGAAGAACACAGGAGAAAAAGCCCUAAAUCUGAACUGCGCCAUACUUACCCAUUUCAGAUUUAAGGGCCGAAAAGGUAGCGGAAUCGAGGGAUUCCGGGGCACCUCCUACUGCACGCACAUUCCCCUGUCCUCACCCUUUCAGAUACUCUCCCCUGCCGAGGCCGCCAUGGCCGAAGCUCCUUCAGGCUUCUUCAAUUUGGGAUGGGAGCCUGAGAAGAAACCAGGCGUGUGGACUGUGCAGCAGGCCCCCAUAACAGUGCUGAGGCAUAAAAUGAGCAGACUGUAUGCUGCCCCGCCCGCAGAAAGAUCUCGACCCUUUUAUAACACCAUCCCGUCGAAAUAUGAAGUGAUCGAUCAGGGGCGCGAGCUUUUCUUUCGGGUGAUAAGAAUGGGUUUUGAGGAAUUUUAUGUGUCGAGCCCUGGUUCUUGUUUCGACAAGUAUGGUAAGGAAUACUUUGCGUGUACAGGGCCGGCGUCGAUGUUGGUUCCUCUUCCACUAAAGCCUGGUGAAGAGUGGAGAGGGGCACAGAUCAUACAGCAUGACAAUUUGUGAUCCUUAUUACACUAUUGCAGUAUUCGGCGAAUCGAAAAAAAAUCCGGAAAAUUUUUACUCUGUUCUAUUGUUCUUGUUCUUCUUUCUAUUUCAUGUAAGCUAUGGAAUGUUCAUACUGUUGAAGUAACCUUCGUUGAUGUGCUCUGUAGAUAAAA